AUGGGCUUGCCGUAUUGGAGACCUCGAGAGGAAAGACGUACAAGGAAUAGCACUGAACGAAUUCGACAUGGGACAGAUCAGCGACUGGAUUCGCUGCGUACUACCUUACGGCCAUCGAGUAGAAGCCAUCCAUUGCCUGCCAACGGGACAAGCCAUCGACGAACUAGAGCCACAUUAGGGGCACGACGUGCGGAAAUGUUGCCUAGACGACUUCGACGAAGACACAAUGAUGUAGUUGAUGAGGCGGUUGCUCCGGUGGAUGAUUUGGAUAGGUUGGUGCAGCAGCGUUUUGACGAGAAGGAAGAUCUACUAUGUCAACUCGAGUUUACUGCAUCGUUGCUUGAUCAGUUUUUGUCAGCACGCUCAGCUUUGGGGGCUGAUAGCAAUAUGACAUUGCCUUCAUUUAUUACGGAUGAAUUGCCGAGUAUUUUGUCCACUGCUGCCAAUCUUACCAUGGAAACUUAUAAUCAAUCAUCAUCAUCUUCACUACCUUCUGCGCGUGUUGACCAUUCAAAUAUGACAGAAGCACAACUUACUAGAGAAUUUGCUGAUCACUUAUUACAUCUACCGCCCUAUUCAACUCGACUUCAAAUCUUGGAAGGAGACAUCCAAUCGGUACAUCGUCGUAUUAUGGACCAAUUAGGUAUGCUUGGCUCCACGGAUAUGCUUCAACGAGUACAGUCACCUGCUCCUGCAUCGAUCGGUGAUCGGCCUCUUUCUUCACUUGUAAUGCAGUAUUCCAGAGAUAAUGAGGAUAACCACUAA